AUGAAUAAUUUCAACGGGAUCUUGUUUGGUGUCUUUUUUGACGGCAGUCUCAGGUGUACUCUGUGUGUAGAUGAACGCCUGGGUUUGCGAGUUUUCUUCACGGGACCCUCGGGACCUUCGGCAAAUGAUCCCGAUGAGAUGGACAGUACACUGUGAAGAGAUUCCUCGUCUUCGGACACUUCUUCAAUAGUCGCUGGUUUGUGGGUCUCGGGCACUCGUAGAAGAAUUUCCGGAGGUUCUGUUUCUCUCAUCAGUUUCGAUACCAACAAUUCCAUCUCAUCAAGACGUAGGUUGAGGAGAUUGACAUCGUCGAACAGGUGA